AUGGAGGACCUACUGUACAGUUUUGUUGUAACGGAUAUCACAUCGGCGCUGGUGUUUGUAAGGCGACAGACGGAUGCGUUAGUGUAUGCCUCGCUUGGAUUGAACAAGAAACAGCUUCUGAAAGGUGCAAGAACUGCCUUCAAUCAGUUGUCCAAGAAGUCCGCCAUACACUACAACUUCAAGCAGAUCGAAGUAGAGUCAGAGCAAGAGCAUGUCGAGAAGUUUCAGGAUACUGUGAACAAAUUCACUAAAUUGCUGGAAGGCCAUAUUGUCAAGGACUUGCAUUACGAGUAUAUGUUUGGUACUUCUCUGCAACAUCGCAUAUGGGAUGAGCUAGUCAAGAUUCCACAUGGUAAAGUAACAACUUAUAAGGAAAUAGCGGAUAAACUAAAGAUCAAGAACGGUAGCCGAGCUAUUGGGAGCGGUAUAGGGUCUAAUAAUAUAGCGAUUGUGAUCCCAUGCCAUAGAGUUGUUUGCAGCAAUGGAACAUUAUCUGGCUACAAGUGGUCUACAUCGCUUAAGAGGAAACUUCUGGAAAGAGAACAUGUAUAUGCUUCCAAUAAGAAAGAUGCUCUAAAUAAAGACACCAAGAUAUCUUUAAUGAAGUACAAAUACAGUGCUUAA